AUGAAACUUCUUAUCAAAAAAUAUCCAUGUCUCACAGUUCUUCAUGGUGAGACCUCAAUUUAUGCUGUGGACAUGACCGGAAAUCAAGUGUCAAUUACUUGUAUUAUGCUUCUAACUGCGAUGAUUGCAAUCGGCGGUCAGGUCAGGGUGGUAGCUCUGAUCGUCCAUUCGGUAUUCGUCCUUAAUGAAGUGCACAACGUUGUCAGCACCAACACAAGGAAGAUGCAAAAGCGCUAUUUCUUGGCAUUAACGCUCCAGCUCCUAAUCCCCGGCGUAGCUUUUGGUACCCCGUGGGGCUGUUACAAGAAAAUACCGAGAUAUCAGCAGCUCACAGAAAAAGAUUAUUACUAUUCCGAAGCCGGGUAUCCAACCGGAAAC